AUGGCGAACUGGCGAGAAGAGUAUUAUGCUGCUCUAGGAGUCCGUGAUGAAUGCGAGAAAUCGAAUAAGCUGUUAUAUGAUGCUUACACCCGCCUUGCCGACCGCACCAGCAACCUAGAAAUCCGUCCGUCUACUGUCUCAGCUAUAUCCCCGAAAAAACCGUCGAGCAAACGCGAUCCACUCCCAAUAAGCCCUUCCGCGGCCGCGGACACGUUAUCUGCUGCGCGCAAGGAUCUCGCCGAAGCACAACGAUCCCGUACCGAACUUUCAUCGCGUUUGAAAAAAGCAACGGAUGAACUCGAAACCGCAAAGAAAAAGGCCACAGUAGAUACUAAAAAGAUCAUAGAUAUUUCAGUUGAACGGACACAGUUGCAGCAGCGUUUGAGAGAUAGGGAUGAGGAACUUCGAGGAAAGGCCAAGCUUUUAGACGAUGUCCAGGACGAGCUUGUGUCGCUUAAUUUACAGGUUAAUAUGUCCGAAGACCGGGCCAAAAGGUUAGAAAAGGAGAAUAAAGAACUAAUCGAUCGGUGGAUGGCUAAAGUAAGCCGGGAAGCCGAUGCAAUGAAUAACGGAUCCAAGUUCUCAUGA